CUGGGUGUGGAGAAAAGUUCAUUGGGUAUUUUCCUCUAACCUUGCUUUUUGAGUUGCCUUUCUACCUUUGGUCUCUUUCUAACCUGGCUCUUGGCUGUCUCCAGCAAUCCUGCAAAUCAAUGGAAUGUACUGUGCGCUCCGGGCGAUGGAACUGGUGGCCGGCUCCAGGACUGUUACUGCUGUUGUCUCUUCUGGUGACCAGUAUGCAAGAUCCUUCAGUGCCUAGAAAGACGGUGGUCUCUGGCAGCAAUGUGAGUCUGCAAGUCCCCGAAGWUUUACUGGGUAACUACAAGCAACUAAUUUGGUUUUACAACCCCCAACAAAAGAUUGUAGAAUGGUAUGUGUCGUCCCCUCCWACCUACUACAAKUCUCCACUGAAGCUCAGAAUCCGCCUGGAUCCUCAAAGUCCCGCGCAUCUGCACAUCCACCAAGUACAGAAAGAGGACAGCAGUACCUACAUCUUAAGAGUGUCGAAAGACGAUGGCAAAGAGCAGGAAUUGAAGAUACCCCUGCAGGUACUUGACCCUGUUCCUGAGCCCGUCAUAGAAAUUGAGAAGGCAGAAGAAGUAAACGGCAAUUGUUACCUGAACUUGUCGUGUGUGAUACAGGACGAGUCAGCCAGCUAUGUUUGGUAUGGGGACUCGGGGCCCUUUUCAAAUGAGUUCCAGAAAAAGGUGCUUGAAGUCUCUGUUAAUCCACAAAACCAGUCCAGGUUUUACACCUGCAAAGCCAGCAAUCCUGUAAGCAGCAAGAACGACACSGUCUACUUCAUUCCGCCCUGUACUGUAGUCAGAUCCUCUGAAGUAACUUGGAUCGUAAGUUGGUGGAUGGUCAUGGUACCCACUGCUGCUGGCUUCCUACUUACUCACUAUGAACUCUUCUAAUAAUUCAAGAGUGAAACUUCAAGGCCACUGGAUCYUACCUUCAUCAGCAACCAUGCUCUUAACCAGGACAGGAGCUCUGGUUACAUGGGAUGAGACAAAGUAUUUUUGUGGAAGCAUCUUUGAAGAUGCUCAAUGAAUUUUUUUUUUGUAAAAAAAAAAAUCUCUGGUAAAUAUUUUAUGUUAUGUU